AUGAAUUCCCUCUUCAAUUCUGCUCUGAAGCAGUCCUCUGCUGUUCGCCGAGAUCUGGACCAAUUUUCCCAGUCGCCCGCGACCUCUUCCCCCGCUCUACAAGGUGUGUUGAACCGGGUCCCCUCGCAUCCAACUACUAUACUAAUCGGGGCCUCUUUCUUGACAGGCCAGAUUGCCGCUUCACUCUCCUCGCUAUCUCGUACUAUCGAUGACUACUCGGCCCUAUCUAAAAAGGAGUUGAUCCCGGAGAAGCAGGAGAAAGCCUUUGAGCGAGUCAAGAACUUCCGCACUGAAUUGGCCGACUACCGGACUCAAUUCGAACGUCUGCGCAAAGAACGAGAGGAAGCGCAAUCGGUCACCAACCGCAACGAACUCCUCGGUCGCCGUCCCCACCACGCCGCCACCCCCGAGAACCCAUAUGCCCAGUCCUCUCUCCCCACCUCCUCAGCCUUUGCACCUUCUUCCUCCGGGUUGAGCUUCGGCGCGGGACCUAACAAUUAUACUCGUGAAACGCACGCCCUGCGCGAACAGUCCUUCUUUGUAAACACAAACACCCAGCUGGACGAUUUCCUGGAUCGGGGUCGCGCCGUGUUGGCGGACCUCGGUCAACAACGGGAGGUGUUGAAGGGGACUCAGCGCCGACUAUAUAGCGUGGCGAAUACGUUGGGGGUUAGUGGAGAUACGAUUCGGAUGGUGGAACGGCGGGCUCGUCAGGAUAAGUGGAUUUUCUGGGGGGGAGUGGUGAUUUUCUUCUUGUUCUGCUGGGCCGUGUUGCAUUUCUUGCGAUGA